AUGGAAAAGUUCCGUAUUCUCAAAACGUACCCUCCGCCAAAUGUCUGCGGCAGGCAGUGUUGCCCAGGAUGGACCACGGCUCCUGGCACAAACCACUGCAUCAAACCUGUCUGCAACCCGCCGUGCCAGAAUAAGGGCUCCUGCAGCCGCCCCCACGUCUGUACCUGUCGCUCGGGCUUCCAGGGCUCGCGGUGUGAAGAAGUCGUUCCUGAGCAGGAGUACCACCCGCCUGGUGCCGCCGCCGCCUUCCAGCCCCCUGCAAGCUCCCUCCGGAGGAGGACCAGCAUGGCAGGACAGGAUGCCUUCCCGCGAGGGGCUCAGGCACCCGUCCUGCGGCACACCCUGGCUGUGACUCAGAGCAGAAUUGGCUCUCCUGUCUCCUCCCAGCACACAGGGCCAUCACGGACUGUCCGGCGCUACCCAGCGGACAAUGGCCAACUCACCUCUAAUGCACUGCCCAAUGGGAAUGGACAUGACCAGAGUAGCUCUGGGCCACACGCAGUUUCCCAGGAGCACACCUUGUCUGCAAGGGGGGCCAACCUGACAGAGAAGAUUAGGAAGAUAAAAAUCGUCUUCACGCCCACCAUCUGCAAACAGACGUGCCGGAGCGGGCGCUGCUACAACAGCUGCGAGAAAGGAGACACCACCACUCUAUAUAGCCAAGGGGGGCACGACCAUGAUCCCAAGUCUGGCUUCCGCAUCUACUUCUGCCAGAUCCCCUGCCUGAACGGAGGGCGCUGCGUGGGCCGGGACGAAUGCUGGUGCCCCUCCAACUCCACAGGGAAGUUUUGCCACCUGCCAGCUCCCUCUGUGGAAAAGAAGCAAGGAGGGAGAGCCCCAAAGACCCUGGCCAGCGGCUCCAUGAAGCACUCCACCUACACCCUGCCCUUGUCCAAUCAGCUGGCUUCCCUAAACCCUUCGCUGGUGAAUGUCCACAUCAACCACCCUCCAGAGGCGACCGUGCAGAUUCACCAGGUGGCCAGGGUGCGGGGUGACGCAGAGGUGUCGGAGGAGAACAGUGUGGAGGCAGUCCUGGUGCCUCAGCUGGCCGCCAUGCCUUGGUACACCUAUGCCCACGGGAACGGCAACAGCAUUGGCACCGAGAGCGGCCAGCAGCAGCGGAGAGCCCCGGGGCUGCUGGGGAGGUGCUUUCGGGAGGCUCUUCAUGGGCAGUGCACCAACCCCCUGCCAGGGCUGACCAGGCUGGAGGACUGCUGCGGCAGCGUGGGGCUCUUCUGGGGCACAGACCGGUGCCUGGCCUGCCCUUUCUUCCCAGCACACCCUGUGAUUGAGAAUGGGCAGGUGGAGUGUCCCCAGGGAUACAAGAGGCUGAACCGGAGCCACUGCCAAGAUAUCAACGAGUGCUUGAUGCAGGGCCUGUGCAAAGAUGCCGAGUGUGUGAACGCUCGUGGCAGCUUCCGCUGCACCUGCAAGCCUGGUACCAUGCUGGACCCCUCCCGUAGCCACUGCAUCUCGGACAAAGCGGUGUCAAUGGAACAGGGGCUGUGUUACCGCUCGGCAGCUGGAGGUGUGUGCUCCUUCCCCCUCUCCCACCGCAUCACCCAGCAGAUCUGCUGCUGCAGCCGCGUCGGCAAGGGCUGGGGGAAGAACUGUGAGGAGUGCCCCAUGCCUGGCUCAGAAGCAUUCAAGGAGAUUUGCCCAGCAGGACAUGGCUACACCUACUCCAGCUCUGAUAUCCGCCUGUCAAUGAGGAAGGCAGAGGCAGAAGAGCUGCCCCUCAGCUUGGAAGAGCAAGGGGAGAGCAGCAACUGGACACUGAACUGGGCAGCAAGGAGACAGCAACUGCAGGACAGCCUCCGUGGAGGUGUACUGGAGGCAUUCCCCCACCCUGGCACCUCAGCAGGAGAGGGUGAAGUUUCUCCUACUGCACAGGGCACUGCUGAUGCCACCGCAGAGCCCGCCACGCACAGAGGUGUCAGCACCUGUGCUUCUUCACCCUUCUCCUGCGGAGCUGGUGCUUGCGUGCUCACCUCUGAGGGAUACAGCUGCUUGUGCCACCCUGGCUACACGUUGGACCCCAGCCGCCUCCGCUGCAUUGAUGAAGAUGAGUGCCUGAAAGACCCUUGUGCUGGAAGAGGUCGCUGCAUCAACAGCGUGGGCUCCUAUUUGUGCCUCUGCUACUCUGGGUACACCCUGGCUGUCUCCGAGGGCAAGCAGAGCUGUGAGGAUCGAGAUGAAUGUGAGCAGCCCUCGACGUGCCGAGGACAGCGAUGCAUCAACACCCCUGGCUCCUACCGCUGCGAGUGCAACGAGGGCUUUGCCAUGGGCCCCAGAGGACAGUGUGAAGAUGUCAACGAGUGUGUGGAUCCCAGCCCUUGCCGCAGUGGGAAGUGUGUCAAUACACUGGGAUCCUACAAGUGUGUCAGCUGUGGGGAUGGCUACCAGCCCAGGAACGGGAGAUGUAUUGACGUGGACGAGUGCCUUGUGGAGGGGACUUGUGCUAACGGAUGGUGUGUCAACCUGGAUGGCUCCUUCCGCUGUUCCUGCUACCGGGGCUAUGAGGUGGCACCUGAUGGGAAGAGCUGCCAAGACAUCGAUGAGUGCACAGCCCAGGCUGCCUGUCCCUCCGGACUCUGCCUCAACACCGAGGGCUCCUACUCCUGCAUGGCUUGUGACGCCGGCUACGCCGUCUCCAGAGAUGGCCGCACGUGUGAAGAUAUGGAUGAGUGUGAGGACCCUGCUGUUCGGUGCUUGGGGGGAGAAUGCAGGAACACACCGGGCUCCUACGAGUGCCACUGCCAGGCCGGCUUCGAGCUCAUCAACGGCACCAUGUGCAAGGACGUGAACGAGUGCCUGAACAGCGAGAUCUGCAGCCCCAAUGGUGAGUGUCUCAACAGUCACGGAUCCUACUUCUGCAUUUGUGCUCCUGGCUUCUCCAAUACGGCUGGCGGAGUCAGCUGCCAAGAUGUAGAUGAAUGCACAGACAAGUCCCGGUGCUCGCAAGGCCAGUGCCUGAACACAGAAGGCUCCUACAGGUGUCUGUGUGAAAACGGGUUCAAACACUCCCAGGAGACUGAUGACUGCGUGGACGUGGAUGAGUGUAAAGAAUACGGGGAUGCCAUCUGUGGCACGUGGCGGUGCCAGAAUAGCCUGGGGUCCUACCGUUGUAUCAUGGGCUGCCAGCCCGGCUUCCACUGGACCCCCCUGGGUGACUGCAUCGACAUAGAUGAGUGCGCCAACGAGACGCUGUGCGGGAGCCACGGCUUCUGUGAGAACUCAGACGGCUCCUUCCGCUGCCUCUGUGACCGUGGCUACGAGAGCUCACCCUCCGGGCACUACUGCGUUGAUGUGAAUGAGUGCGAGCUGAUGGUCGCCGUGUGCGGGACUGCGCUCUGCGAGAACGUGGAGGGAUCCUUCCUCUGCCUCUGCCCCAGCGACCACGAGGAGUACGACACAGAGGCAGGGCAGUGCCAGCCCCGAGCAGCCAUGGAGGGCCCUGAGACACAUGCAGACCACCUCUCUGACAGCGCAGAGCGCAAGCAGUGCUACUACCACAUCAGCGAUGUUCGCCUGUGUGACAGUGUCCUGGCCAAGAACAUCACCAAGGAGGAGUGCUGCUGUACUGUGGGGGCAGCCUGGGGUGACAACUGUGAGACUUACCCUUGCCCCAUCCCAGGCACAGUGGAGUACCAAGAGAUCUGCCCUCUUGGGAAGGGUUACGUUCCCCGGGAAGACCUGCUCUCAGGAAAAGUCUCUUUCACAGACAUGGACGAGUGUGAGAUAUUUGGCUCUGAGUUCUGCCGCAACGGACAGUGUUUGAACACGGUGCCAGGCUACAAGUGCUUCUGCCGUACAGGCUAUUACUAUGACUCCAGCAGGCUUGAGUGCGUUGACCAGGAUGAGUGUCAAAACGAAGUGUACUGCAUCAACGGCGAGUGUCUGAACACAGACGGCUCCUACCACUGCUUCUGCAGUCUCCCUCUCGUGCUGGAUGCCACCGGCAACCGGUGUGUGAACCUCUCCGGCAGGGCAGAUGCCUUGGAGGAGUACGAAAUCCACCUGGACGUCUGCUGGCAGACCGUCGCUGACUACAUCUGCCAAGACCUGCUGCACGGCGAGCAGACCACGUACACCGAGUGCUGCUGCCGGCUCGGCGAAGCCUGGGGCCAGAACUGCGCACUCUGCCCACACAGGUCCUCUGCUGAUUUUGCUUUCCUCUGUAAUGGGGCCAGUGAAGACAGCGAGAGAGGGGCUGAGCUCCGAGAAAGACCUAGGUAUGAGUACGGACCGGGCUUGGAAGACCCCCACUAUGGCCUUCCCAGCCCAGAUAUGGGCCCCUACUACAACUACCUGGAAUCUGAGUAUGGGAACCCUGAUGCUGGUUUCCCUCGGAGGGAACCCAACAGCGAGUUUCGUGGCGGCCCUCUCCACCUCAGCCCAAGGCGAUCCCCACCCCACUACCUGCCUAGCCAAACUGGCCUCUACGAGGGCUUCGAGGGGCUGCAGGCUGAGGAGUGCGGGAUCCUCAACGGCUGCGAGAACGGGCGCUGCGUGCGCGUCCGGGAAGGCUACACCUGCGACUGCUUCGACGGCUUCCAGCUGGACAUGACCCGCAUGGCCUGCGUGGGUGAAGGGGGCUCUGCGGAAGUGCCAAGGAGUGAGCCCCUGUGCCGGGGCGGCACCUGCGAGAACACGGAGGGCUCCUACCGCUGCCACUGCUCGCCGGGCUAUGUGGCCCUGGCCCAGCCCCACCACUGUGUGCCCCAGACAGCCCAGAGCCCAGCGGCAGCAUAG